UUUCCUCGAUAUAUACGCACUGUACCUGCUCUCUAGCGUGGGAAAGAGAUCACAAAAGCCAGAAGUAUUCGGUGUACAAAUUUUCCAAAACUAGAAUUACAUGAUCAUGGCCAAGGCCAGGAAAGAAAGCAGACUCGCCAGGUUUUUGAAGUCCCCAAUAAGGAUUUUAAUCAAGGCCAGGGACUUCUACAUCAAGAGCAUGACAGAGUGCUCGGGUACGUUUGAUUAUGCCUCGGCGAUGGGUUGCCCUACCCAAAUCCCAAGUUCUUUGCCUAAAAGCUACAGCACCAACUCCACCAAAUCCAGCGCCUCUAACAAUGAAGAUUACAGGGAGCUUAUGAGGGCUGCUUCUACUAGGAGUGUAAGAAGUAAAGUUGAAUUCGAUCUUGCUAGAAAAGCGCAACAGCCUAGGCAGCCGGAAAUGGCGGCAGUGCUCAACACCGUGCCUCGCAGUCGUAGCGUUGGGAUUGGAAGGAUUGAUGAAGAGAAGGCUUGUGAGUUUGAUGAAGAGGAAGUCAAGAUGAAGAGAGAUGUGUAUCCAAGAAGUAGAAGCUACGCUGUUUCUAGGAGAACAAUUAUGUCGUAGUUAAUGGAGCAAAUUGUGCAAGUCAAAUAUGAAAGAACAAAUUAGAAGGGAGGCGGACUAUCUCUCAAAGUCAAUUGUUUUGUGCUGAUGUUAAUCCUAAUUUCUUCAAGUCUUUUAGUUAAGUUGAUUGUUGGUAGGGAUUUUGAACCAACAUUAAUGUUUAGUUUGGAACUUUUGUUGUAGCUUUUGUGAUUCUUAAAUUAAUUGUGAGAUAUAUA